AUGAGUGCCACGGAGAGCCUAUUCACCCCGCUCAAGAUCGCCAAUGGGCGCAUCGAGCUCAAACACCGCAUCAUCAUGGCGCCCAUGACGCGGAACAGAGGUGUACCAUUGGCUGCGGGUACACCAGAGGCACCAAACCGAACAUGGCUGGCCGAUGAUCUCGUCGCCCUGUACUACGGACAGCGAGCGUCACCGGGCGGCCUCUUGAUCACUGAAGGUGUCCCUCCUUCGAUUGAGGCCAGCGGCAUGCCCAACGUCCCCGGCUUGUUUGAUCAAUCUCAGGUCCCAGGCUGGAAAAAGGUUGUCGAGGCGGUGCAUGCAAAGGGUGGUUACAUCUACGCUCAACUCUGGCACGCGGGACGAGCGACCAUUCCACAAUUCUCAGGAGCUGGCCCCUUUAGUUCCUCGGCUACGCCAUGGGACACUGAUGAAAAGUUCCCAUUCAGAACCCCGUUCACCAAAGAAAAGAUUGCCUACCAGGACCACCCUCCAAUUGCCAUGACUCAUGAGCAGAUCAAGAAGACCAUUGGCGAUUUUGUUUCUGCUGCGAAAUUGGCAAUCGAGAUCGGGUUCGAUGGUAUUGAGAUCAAUGGUGGAAAUGGUAAUUUGUUGGAUCAGUUCUUGCACUCCAACAUCAACACUCGGACAGAUGAGUAUGGUGGCUCGCCAGAAAAGCGAAGCAGAUUCGUCCUGGAACUUACGGCGGCGCUUGCAGAAGCAAUUGGCGCUUCCAAUGUCGGUAUCCGCCUGGAGCCCACCGGCCUCUAUCAACAUACACGCGGCGCAGAGCGUGUAGAGACGUGGUCUUACCUGUGUCAGCAACUUGCAGACACGUAUUCUGCCGAAAAGUUAUCCUAUGCACACUUUAUUGAACCGAGAUUUGACCGCAUCGACUCGGAAGCUGAAAAGGACGGAUUCUACAAGUCCUGGAGUCUACCCGAGGUCUCCAAUGAACCCUUCAAAAAGAUCCUGGCCAACAAGGGCAUUCCCGUGAUUUCCUGUGGCGGUUGGGACGAGAAGAAUGCCGGCGAGGCACUGCAAAAGGGCUACGAUGGCGUCGUCUUUGCAAGAUGCUUUACAAGCAACCCUGACUUGCCCGAGAGGAUACAAAAGGGCCUGCCCCUGUCCGAGUACGAUCGUAGUAGAUUCUACGGAUCGUGGGACGGGAUUCGCGAGAAUGGAUACACCAACUAUCCCACCUACGAGGAAGGCCUUGAGAAAGCAAAGGAGCAAGAGGAGAAAGUACCAUCGUAG